GGCUAAUUAUGAUUAAUAGUCAGACAAAUUACAUAAAAAUAAACAAAAGAUAACAAAAAAUCAAUUGUAUUAUUUAAUUCCACCAGUGGGUGGCAUAAAUUUACCAGUAAUCAGUAAAUAGAAGAAAACGAAACCUGGGUCCUGUUGUUCAGUAAGUUUAGUCUGAAUCUGAAUGAUCUGGAUUUUGAAACCCUGUAUGUUUUACCAUCUAGGAUCAGGGUCUAACCCUGAGUCACGUCUUUGCUUGCAUGAUUGUGACCAAAGGCUCAGUCCUAAUCUCCAUCGUCAUCCCCAACUGUCUCUCCUCUUGCACGAGCACAAGUCAUCAUGGCAACUAAAAUUGUUAUUCAGCAGCCUAAGCCACUUGUUCUGGCUCCUGGUUCAGACCAAUGGUCCACUGGCAUAUGUGAAUGUGAUAACCUCAAUGACUGUUGCUUUGCUUUCUGGUGCUGCCCUUGUUUCGCCUGCAUCACAGCCAGAGAUCACGGAGAGUGUCUCUGCCUGCCUCUGCUGGACAGUUUCGGCCUCAUCCCACCUAUCACUAUGGCAAUGAGAGUGUCUGUCCGCCGCACCUAUGGAAUUGAGGACUCUAUUUGCAAUGAUUGUGUGUUAUCCUUCUGCUGCGGGCCGUGCUCCUACUGUCAGUUAAGACGUGAGCUCAUAUCUCGCAACCACCCCGUCACCCUCUUCCGCAACAGACCAAAAUAAAGAACUUCAUCAUCAGUCAAUAA